AUGGCAGCAACUUACGAGUUGCCUCAGCUUCAAUACAGUCUCGAUGCGCUGGAACCCUCCAUAUCGGGGCAAAUCAUGGAUCUUCACUACAACAGACACCACCGAACCUACAUCACCAACCUAAAUGCAGCGCUCGGCGCCCAGGCGGAAGCCGCGUCUUCCAAUAACCUGGUGAAGCAGCUCGAGCUUCAGGCCGCCAUCAACUUCAACGCCGGCGGACAUAUCAACCACACCCUCUUCUGGGAGUCUCUUGCUCCUGCUUCCAGCGGGUACAACAACAUCUCUGCCGUCGCUCCCACCCUCCACGACGCCAUCACCAAGCGGUGGGGCAGCUUCGACUCCUUCAAGGCGGCCUUCGAGUCCUCGGCUUUGGCAAUCCAAGGGUCUGGUUGGCAAUGGCUUGUUCAGGAUCCGCAGACAAAAGGACUCGAGUUGACGACGAGCAAGGAUCAGGAUUUGCCCAAGGGAGGCAAGGGGAUCGUGCUGGGAGUCGAUAUGUGGGAGCAUGCGUAUUAUAUCCAGUACUUCAACAACAAGAAAGAAUACCUGAACAAGAUCUGGGAUGUGACUAACUGGCAGACUGCCGAAAAGAGAUACAAGGGCGAUCCGAGAGCUGCCUUUGGAUCGUUGGCAGGACUAGCCAGACAUUUGUAG